AGCCGCAGAGGGGGCCGCCGCCGCCUCCAGCCUCCUCCCCGUCUCCUCCCCCUCCCCCGUCUGACGCUGCCUUCUCGGGAAGGGUGUUUGGAGGGCAGCGGCCGCCCCAAGCCGGAGCCCUGCAGCGCUUCUUAUGAUCAGCUCGGUGUGUGUCUCCUCCUACCGCGGGCGCAAGUCGGGGAACAAGCCUCCGUCCAAAACAUGUCUGAAGGAGGAGAUGGCCAAGGGCGAGGCGUCGGAGAAGAUCAUUAUCAACGUGGGCGGCACGCGACAUGAGACCUACCGCAGCACCCUGCGCACCCUACCGGGCACCCGCCUCGCCUGGCUGGCCGAUCCCGACGGCGGGGGCCGGCCUGACUACUCCUCCCGGGCCGCCAGGGUAGUGGCCUUUGCCUCUCUCUUCUUCAUCCUGGUUUCCAUCACCACCUUCUGCCUGGAGACCCAUGAGGCCUUCAACAUUGACCGAAACGUGACAGAGAUCCACCGGGUGGGGAACAUCACCAGCGUGCGCUUCCGGCGGGAGGUGGAGACAGAACCCAUUCUGACCUACAUCGAGGGUGUGUGUGUGCUGUGGUUCACACUGGAAUUCUUGGUGCGCAUCGUGUGCUGCCCCGACACCCUGGACUUUGUCAAGAACCUGCUCAACAUCAUUGACUUCGUGGCUAUCCUGCCCUUCUACCUGGAGGUCGGGCUGAGCGGCCUGUCCUCCAAGGCGGCCCGCGACGUGCUAGGCUUCCUGCGCGUGGUGCGCUUUGUUCGUAUCCUGCGCAUCUUCAAGCUCACGCGCCACUUUGUGGGGCUGCGGGUGCUGGGUCACACCCUGCGCGCCAGCACCAACGAGUUCCUGCUGCUCAUCAUCUUCCUGGCCCUAGGCGUGCUGAUCUUCGCCACCAUGAUCUACUACGCUGAGCGCAUCGGUGCCAGGCCCUCCGACCCACGGGGCAAUGACCACACCGACUUCAAGAAUAUCCCCAUCGGCUUCUGGUGGGCCGUGGUCACCAUGACGACGCUUGGCUACGGGGACAUGUACCCCAAGACGUGGUCGGGCAUGCUAGUGGGGGCGCUGUGUGCGCUGGCCGGCGUGCUCACCAUCGCCAUGCCCGUGCCGGUCAUUGUCAACAACUUCGGCAUGUACUACUCCCUGGCCAUGGCCAAGCAGAAGCUGCCCAAGAAACGGAAGAAGCACGUGCCUCGGCCAGCCCAGCUCGAGUCACCCCUGUACUGCAAGUCUGAGGAGACCUCUCCCCGGGACAGCACCUACAGUGAUACCAGCCCCCCUGCCCGGGAAGAGGGUAUGGUUGAGAGGAAACGGGCAGACUCUAAGCAGAAUGGAGAGGCCAAUGUGGUGCUGUCUGAUGAGGAGGGAGCUGGACUCACCCAGCCCCUGGCCUCUGCCCCCACCCCUGAGGAGCGCCGGGCCUUGCGACGCUCUGGCACAAGAGACAGAAACAAGAAGGCGGCUGCCUGUUUCCUGCUCAGUGCUGGGGACUAUGCCUGUGCGGAUGGCAGUGUCCGGAAAGAGACCUGCCAAGACGCCCUCUCGUCCAACUAUGCCCAGGCUGAAGUCCUCACCCUCUCUUAAAGCGGCACCAACGUGAGAGAGACAGGCAGACAGA